ACGUACAGUCCAAACAUGGCACUUAGCGAAAAAUACAGGACAUGAACCCGGCAGAGAAAGCUUUAUUUUCAGUUAAAGUUACGUGUUUGUGACUGUAGGAGCUCGCCAUUCUGAACUUGGAGGGAUGUCGUUCCUCUACUGUUGAAUUACUGAGUUCUCCUAGUUUUUAUAAUGGUAUUCACGUUCAAAUAGGCGGUAAAUCAAAAGCAUGCUAACUUGUUGAAGCUACCGUUUACCUUGUACCAUGUUGACUGAAUUAUUGCAAAGCACCGAUGCUGGAGGGUUUCUUAUAAUACAAGAUGCUGCUGGUUUUUCUGGGCGACACCUCCUGAAGAGCUUCAUCAAUGCUGCAUUGAACAGGGAGGAAGCUGUCCAUGUGCUAGGUUUUGAGGUCAGUGAAGAAGAGCUGAAAGAGGGGUUAAAAGGAUCGAACAUUCAGAGGCUGCACUUUCACAAUGCUUAUGCAGACCCACUUGGCUGGACUGACAACCCAGCAUUCACAGUUCACCAGUUUCGUUUGGAGCAACUUACACAUCUGGUCAAGCAAACGUCACAUCCCAAACCAGCUACCUUAGUGAUCGACUCCCUUUCGUGGAUUUUGAGACACAUUAGCCCUCCCGCUGUCUGCCAGACUCUUCAGCAACUUAGAAAAGGGGGAGCUGUGAAAGCUAUUAUCGGCCUGCUCCACACAGACAUGCAUCAGAGGGGUACUGUGGGAAGUGUAUGCCACUUGGCUACUUCUGUCAUCACUGUAGCACCUGGGAUGAAGGGAGAUGAAGCAGUGGCAAAAAUAACAAAGCGCUCAAAAUCAGGGAAAGUUAUGCAAGAUGAGGAGAUUUUCAGCCUGAAAGAGGAUCUUACAGUCGUAGUACAGAGCAGGCCCAGCCAACCUGGACCCAAACAGACUGACCUUGAGGAACAGGAGACGGACCCAACAGCCAACUUGACCUUCAACCUCCGACUAUCUGACACAGAGCGCGAGGCCAAGGAGAAACUUGCACUUCCCUUUGUCUUCAGCAAAGAGAAGAAAACAGCUCUGCUCCACUCAGGCCCAGGAUCAGGACGAAUUCUGUAUGAGCCUGAUGCCAAUGACGACUAUGACCAGGAUGACCCUGAUGAUGAUCUUGAUGUGUAGGGUUAGGACAUAAAACCCACUGAAGGCACAGAAGAACCAUGCUUCAUGUCCUCCUUGCCAUUCGUAACACUGAGUCAUUUUCAUUCUCAUGGAGCUUUGGAGAUGAUUAUAUAUAUAUAUAUAUAUAUAUAUAUAUAUAUAUAUAUAUAAUUGCCCAAUAUUUCCAUAAAAAUCUGUAUCAUGUUUAUUAAAAGGUUUUAUUGAUCA